AUGAAGACUGGGCCAGCAAAAAUAUACGGAUCUGUGCACUCGGCUAUUUAUCUAACUAGAGAAAAAGAGCCAGCAGACGGAAAACCAGUUGAGCUGGCGAUCAAAAUAAUCAAGAAUAGAAAAAGCAAAGAAAUAUCUAUUGUUAAGAAAUUAAACCAUAGGAAUAUAAUAGGCAUUUACUCCAACAGCUACUGCAUAAAGUACAGAUGGUUUGCCAUGCAGUAUUUCAAAACAAACUUAAAAGAAAUUCUUCCAAUAAAGAACCAAGAGUAUAAGUACUAUAUAAUAAAGUGUGUUGUUGAGGGACUGAAGUAUUUGGGCGAACAGAAUAUUGUGCAUAGAGACAUUAAGCCGCAAAAUAUUCUAAUUCAUAAUGAACAAGUGCGGAUAGGUGACUUUGGAGUUGCAAAAUAUAUCAAAGAAGGAAGGGAGGAGGAGAAAGUGUCUGCUUUUGCAGAUAGUACAGAGAAGAAUGGGCAGAAAAGUGACCAUGCAGAGAUUGUGGGGAUAGAAGAUUUUCUCAUGGAAGAGCUGGAUAGCAGCAGCGAGUUUGACUCCUUUCAGCCUAUAGACGAGGAGACAGACAAGCUAAAAAAGAGCGGAGUUAUGGGAACCCUUCACUAUAUACCGCUAGAAAUUCUUCUUGGCAGCAGAGACUAUGGAUGCGAGGUUGACAUGUGGGCAGCCGGGUGCACCUUUUGGGAAGUGUUUUUCAACGAAGUGUGCUUUAGUGGAGACUGCGAGAUAAAUCAAAUUGGAGAGAUAGUUAGAAAAAUAGGUGUAACACAGGAAGACAAAGAUAUCUUAGAAAAGUAUCCAUUUAGUGGUUUUAUUCCUAUAACAAAAGGAAAGAAACUAGAUCUGUUUACAGAUAUGUCUGCAAUGGAAAGAGGCAUUCUUGCAAGUCUCUUAACACUUGAUGCAGAGCGUAGGUCGUUUAACACAGAAAGCAUUAAUGCUGUUCUGUCUAAAGACUAUAUAAAUAUAGAAUACACAUAG